ACUGGCUGUGUUCAUCUCAUCUCAUCUCAUCAACUCGUCUUGAAUUGACAAACUGAGAUCAUGACCGGCGACGAACAAAAGCUCACAAGGCGGUCUUCUCGAAGCCAACGAUAAGCCAAUCAGCACCCUGCUGCCGCUUCAUUCUGAGACGCCGCUCCAAGACCAAGUGAAACGCUCGGCAAGUGGAGAUUUGCAGCGCGUCGAGAGAAACGGCUUCUGUCCCAACGGUUUUGAUAUCAAAAGAAAAACGAUCUGCACAAUUGCUUGGCCGGCGUCAACUUCUCCAGGUGCCGCAUUCUGACUUCAUGAUCUGUUCCUUCGGACGAGAGGUAAAAAAAGGUUAAACGGGGGACCCUGAAGAUCUGUUCUCGGUUUGUCCCGCUCACCGACUUUGCUCUCUCGAUACGAGCAGGUGGUGCACAGUCAGGUCACAGUCAUUUUUCAUUGCGGAGAGCCAUCGACAUUACGGCCUAGGUAGAGCAUAAAUUGAACCCGUAAUAACUCAAUCUCGACAAAAAAGAGGCCUAGCUCCAGCACAAGAACCCCUGAGCGGCUCCAGGACAGGCGGUGAACAGCCAAUGAAGUGAAAGGCGACCCCCCCUGAUGCUGUGGUACCUGUGGGGGCUGCCAUCUUGUGCCGCUAGGCCCAACCUGGCUCGCAUCACCGGGGGCUGGCUUUCCUUCAAGAUGUUGCCCCUUCCCCGGGUUGUUUUCUGCGACCUGCUUCUCCUCCUGAGCCACCAUCUCGUGUUUCCGUUGUUGGGAACCAAGCCAGCCUCUUCAGGUCAAAACCAUCUUGCAUACCAACUGGCAGGAACGGGCCUUCCUGUCAUUCUAGUCACUCCUUUGACACAACAUUUUGAACCACUAUUUGCUUUGAGCAUCUUUUGCUCGUACUCGCCCCACGCGCGCGCAGACAAAACCCAAACAACCAAGUUUUCUAACCACCACAUUCCAACUUUUCCGAGUUCCAACCUUUCAAACCCAACCUAUCUCAGUAAUAGUAGCUAAAGCACCCGCAACCAUGCUUAUGCAAUCCGCGCUCCUGGCGCUCGGCGCCACCGCCGUCGCCGCCCUCCAGCCCCUCGAGGUAAAGGGCCAGGACUUCAUCAACCCCAAAACCGGCAACCGCUUCCAAAUCGUCGGCAUGGCCUACCAGCCCGGCGGCUCGGCGGGAUACGACCCCAAGAAGAAGCGCGACCCCCUCUCGGACCCGGACGUCUGCAUGCGCGACGCCGCCCUCCUCCAGAUCCUCGGCGUCAACGCCAUCCGGGUCUACAACCUCAACCCCGACCUCAACCACGACGAGUGCGUCUCCAUCUUCAACGCCGCGGGGAUGUACAUGCUCCUCGACGUCAACUCCCCCAUGCCGGGCGAGGCCCUGACCUCGUUCGAGGUCUACAAGUCGUACUACGCCUCGUACCUCAACCGCACCUUCGCCGUCGUCGAGGCCUUCAAGGACUACCCCAACACCUUGGCUUUCUUCUCCGGAAACGAGGUCAUUGACAAGGAGGAGACGACCGAGUUUGUUCCUUCCUACGUCCGCGCGGUCACUCGCGACUUGAAGAAUUACAUCAAGAACUGGUCUGACCGCAAGAUCCCCGUGGGUUACUCUGCCGCUGAUGUGCGCGAGGUUCUGUGGGAUUCGUUCAACUACUUUACCUGCUCGCUUCAGGGCGACAAGGACGACAUGUCGAUGGGCGACCUCUUUGCGCUCAACUCGUACUCUUGGUGCGGCGACUCGUCCUUUACGGAGUCGUCGUUUGACAAGCUGGUGGAGGGCUUUGAAAACACCCCCGUGCCCGUCUUCUUUUCCGAGUUUGGGUGCAACACGCCCUCCCCUCGCAUCUUCACCGAGAUCGGCAGCAUUUACGGCCCGGACAUGUACGACGUUUUUGCCGGCGGUAUCGUGUACGAGUACACCCAGGAGCCUAACAACUACGGCCUUGUCAACAUGACCGAGGACGGCCCGGCUACCCUGAUGAGCGAUUUCUACUCUCUCCGGGAUCAGUAUGCGAAGCUUGACUUUAAGAAGCUGCAGGGCUUGAAGCCAAAGGGCAGCACGCGUAAGCCGGUGAGCUGCAGUCCCAAACUGAUCACGGUUGAUGGGUUCCAGAACAACUUUACGCUGCCGGUGCUGCCUCCGGGGGCGAAGGAGAUGAUUGACAAUGGGAUUGAGAACAAGCCGAAGGCGGGGAAGCUGGUGGAGAUCAAGGACUGGAAGGUCAAGUAUGAGGUUCGGAACGCGGACGGGACGGUGAUUAAGGAUUUGGCUGUUAAGCCUUUGGCGAAUGAUGAGAUUAAUGCCCCCGGUUCCAACACUGCUAACCUCAGCGCUGGGUCUGGGUCUUCUGGAUCUUCCGGCUCGCAGGGCAGCACCAACGGUGGCGAUGGUGAUGACAAGGAGAACAGCGCUGCUGGCCAUGGGGUCGGUGGUGGUGUCUUGGCUCUCGUGAUGGGUGUUGCUGCUUUGGUUGCUGCUUUCUAAAGUGGAUUUAACCUGUCAUCAUGUGUGUUUGGCUUUUUUUUGGGUGGAAACUUUUGGUCGGCUAGGAUAAUACCUUUUGUGUGUGUGUGUGUGUGUGUGUGGUAUAGUUGGUUUUUUUAGAGGAGGAGUAGCAGGAAGUUGUUUGUAUCUAAUGCUUGGUGUGUUUUUUUUCUUUUCUUCUUUCUGGCACAAAACACAAGUUGAAAAAAAGAAACCGAUGGGAACACACACCGUAUGAUACCCCUGUUUUGCGCCGUUGUUUUCUUUUUGAAGCGUGGAGCCUGGUUGAUAGAGGGGUUGGAUGGGGGUGGUUUGUUGCAUAUAUUUCGUUUCUGCAAGUUGCGGUGGAGAGGUUGGUUUUCUGUUGUAUGAAGGGGGAUUCUGUCGAUAUUUCUGAUGCUGGCGGCGUUUGGAAGUGGAGGUUGCACAAAAGAAAGUCAAAGUUGCCUGGGGAGAUUUUAAAGAUGAUGAUUCUGGUAACGAGCUGUGUUGCUUUAGAGUAGAAGAAGAGGAAGAAAGAAUGUAUAUCAUGUGUACCGUACCCC